UUGGCGGCGUCGAAACAUUUUGUUUAUAUGUAUUUCUAUAAUUACAAACUACAACAACACAUUCGUUCAGUUUUUAGAUCACUUGAAUUGUCUAUCACGACCCAAAACGUAUUGGUGAUGGACUUAAAGUCGUUUUGCCGCGAGCUGCCCAAAAUUGAGCUGCAUGCUCACCUCGGUGGCUCUUUAAGCCAGUCCACCAUGCUGCAGUUGAAGAGACUCUACGCGGACUCCGGCAUACCCGAUAAAACUAAUGCUUUCUUCGACGAAUUUCAAAUCGCUGCGGGAGAUACACGUAGUUUAUCAGACUGCUUCCAAGUCUUCAGCAUCGCGCACUCCCUGACAAGCACACCUGAAGCGUUGGCUCUGGCCACCUCACUGACUCUUCAAGAGUUCCAGGACGAUGGAUGCAUCUACAUUGAGAUUAGGAGUACUCCCCGAGAGACACCCUACAUGACCAGGAGAGAGUACAUAGAUACUAUUGUACAAGCUAUUAGAAAGUCAUCAAUCAACUUGACAAUAAUCUCCAAGCUGAUCAUAUCCAUAGACCGCAGAUUCACUCCACAAGCAGCGGAAAAGACCACCGACCUUGCCUUAGAGUUCUAUAAGAAAUACCCUGAAAUAGUUGUGGGUAUAGAGCUCAGUGGCGACCCCACUGCUGGACGGUUCCAGGACUUUGUGCCAGCCUUGGCCAGGGCGCGAGAAGCUGGAAUGAAGGUAACACUCCACUGUGGCGAAAUCUGCAACCCCGCAGAGGUGCUAGAAAUGCUAACAUGGAAACCAGAGAGAAUAGGCCACGGGACCAUGGCACACCCGCGGCUAGGAGGGACUGCGGAGACGUGGGAGGCGCUGUGCCAACUGAAGAUACCUGUAGAAAUUUGCUUGACUAGCAAUGUUAAUACGAAGCUGAUAGCAAGUUACGAAGCCCAUCAGUUCAAGGAGUGCUGUGAAGCGAUGGUGCCCGUAAUAAUCUGUACCGACGACAAAGGUGUUUUUGCGACGUCACUGGCCCAGGAGUACCAGAUUUGCUCGCAGACCUUCGGUUUGGACAGAUCCAAGCUGGCCAGACUGUCCCUUGACUCGUGCAAGUUUGUUUUUGAUGAAGGCGCGCGAAAACUUAUCACUGAUAAGAUAUUGAAUUUCAUAGAAAGUAAUGAGCUAUGAAAGUUUUGUACUGUGGGUACAAGUUUAUUAUAUUAUAAUAAAUAUUU